UAGUACAUGUAUAGUGGACAGCAGUGACAAGUUAUUGUUAAAAUGAUACUGCAAUUUUUCUUUCUUGGAACCCUAAUUUUGGGACUAGAUGGCAGGACACGGAUCAGACGGACUGACCUUAAUUUUCCCAGCUGCUACACCUUAAACGAGCGGGUGGUCAAGCUAUACGAGUCCCUCGGAUGCGCCGUCGAGGAACAUCUCCUUGGGUGCUACAAGUCUCCUAUUUGCCCCGAUGGUUGCAUUGGUGAAGAUCGAGAGAAGCACGCACCUGGUGAUGUCUGGCUGGACGAGGGCGGUGUCCUGAAGUGUACCUGUCUCGCCCCGCGCGAGUACUGGAACGACGAUCUGCCGGCAAUUCCAACUGGUGGAGUCAUGUGGCCCCCCGCAAAGAAAUGCCAGUACUUAGGAUGUCAGAGUAAACUCGACCCAAAAGUGAUCAUUAAGCCGAACACGGAGGCAAAUAUUGUGGACGAGGUUUGCUACUGUACGGAGGGGAAAGAUGCCAGCGGAGGUGUGGCGUAUACUCUCUACUGUUUACCCGCCUAAAAUGCUAAAAAAAUGGAAUUCAAAUUAUUUAAAUUAUAUUAUUGACUUCCAACAUGCUACAGAGUCAAAAACUGUGCAUAAACGUAAAAAAAAACAACAAAAAACAUGCUGCAAACUCAGCUAUCAGGAGCCGUCACAACGCCAAGGACUGGAACAUACAAUAUUAGUCAUUGGCAGUCGCAACGGCCCCUUACCAUUUCACAGCAGGAAAUACCACAAGUACAAGUGUGAAUAAGUCACAUUUUAACUUCUCUGGCUUGCGUGAAGAUUUGUCGGUUUAUGUUCGAUCUACUGUACAUAAACACGUGUAAAGCCGAAUGCAUGAGUGUAUAUUACAUAUACCUUCAGAAAAACGUUCAGUCUGAUAUCAAAAAUACAUUGAACUGAUAGAAAAUGCUAUUUCCGUCUCAGUCGCUGUCUCAUCACGCCGCGGAUCAAAGCAAUACGUUUGCCAUAACAACUCCAGUCUUUACUUCGAUGGAUGUUUCGACAGACAGUGUAGCUUACUACCUGUCAACCAACGGAUGAAGACGUACGUGACGACCAUAAUACUAUCCAUCCAGACACGCCAGAAAGCACGGGAAAGUCUGAAUAGGAUUUUUCAUGAACGUACAAAAGUGAUGUUUUUAUCCUUAUCAAUACAAUGUAGUUCAAGAGUGCUCAUGUUACACAACCUGCCGAACCUUACCUUAUAAUGUGGCGCGUGAUGAUAUACAUUUCGACGACAACGACGAAUUUACCUCGCUAUCAAAAGGAGGUUGGAUUUGAUAAUCUGGAAACGUGUUCGGUGUGAGAACCACAAUACAUGUAAUGCCAGACGGUCUCGAUCUUCGUUCUAUUGCGGAAGAGCUAUGGACACCGACGGGUCACAUGCUGGCAGACGGCCCUCCGGUUUUUUUCAUCCAGCAGCUUAUCGACUUCACUCAAGCGUACGUCAUGGUGGUCGUUCUUCUACUCGGAAUCUCCGGUAACCUAUUAUCAUUUGUGAUAUUUUUCCGAGUGAGGAAGCGGGCGGACGCCUGCGUCCAGUACCUCAGUUGUCUCGCCGUGUCCGACACUGGAGUCAUUCUGAUAGUUGGCGUGACAGACUGGAUAUCAUUUGGGCUGCCUCAUAUCACAAAUGGUCAAUAUGGAUUCAACUUAAUAUCAUAUAGUCACGCAACAUGUAAAAUAAUUGCUGGUUUUUGGCAUCUUUUCGAAGUGAUAUCAGCUUGGAUAAUUGUUGCUUUUUCUGCAGAACGCGCAUAUGUUGUAUGGUUUCCGUUACAGCGCGCAAACAUCACACCAAAUUUGAGAAAAGUCGUUCUAUUUACAAUCGUUCUUGGCGCUGUUUUGCUGUGUGUACAACGGUUUUGGCUCAUGGAAAACAUACCAGGUACCCCGUCGCUUUGCUUUUAUAAAACAGACCCUAUCAUAGCUGCAAUCCUAUGGCAAAUAGACAUCUCUGCAUACGCUUAUUUGCCUUUCCUUCUCAUAGUCCUUGCUAAUAUUUUCAUCCUCGCCGCAAUAAAUCUUGCCAAAACCAAAAAAAUUGGAAACAAUAAAAUCAAAUCCAUCCAGGAGGGGAAAUUACUAGUUUCACUGAUGUCUGUUUCUACUCUUUAUAUCGCCCUGGUUUUACCCGUAUGUGCCAUAUUCGCUUAUUUGGCCGAGGCAACGGACACUUUGCCUGCCCAACAAGCACUUUACCUUUAUUUCGUAGUCAAGUUCCUUACGAUAAUUAGCGUCAAUAAUUACUGUUUUAAUUUUGUAAUCUACGGAUGCACGCUGCCAUUUUAUCGUGAGGAGGUUAAGAAAAUGUUUUCACGAAGCAGACAGCGGUAGAGGGACUUGCAUCUUGGUACUUGCACGGCAUGGCUCCGAAAUCGAAAGGCCGGCCCAGCUGUCCAACGAAUCUCUCCAACACGGGGAUUUUACUUCUCGGGGAUGAAGGACAUAUAAAACAUUUCUUCAUGUACAUUACAUGUAGUUGAGUUCCACCACAGAAUCAUCUGGGUUUUUUGGGUUUAUGGGUUUGGGCUUACGCCAGAGGAGUAUGCACUGGCUUAUGCACUAGCCUUCUACUCUCAUGCUGCAAACUGCCCAAUUUUCGCGAGCCUUUUUAUUUUCGCGGAUUAGCGAAUGAUCUCGAUUUGCGGCGAAAAUAAAAGUCGGGAAAAUAUUAUUUGUUUUGUUAUGAAAAAUUGCAAGACAUUCAAAAAAUGAAAAUCGCAAGAUUUUUUAAGAUCUUUUUUUGUACUUGUAUGUAAAAGUGUUCAAUGGAUGAUUGUUCCAUACGAAGCAAAAUAACAGUGUUCAUGUAACUGAAGCUCACGGUUUAUGCGGUGUUUGCCAUGUAACGUUUACAAGAACAUAUACAAUAUCAUCGAGGAAUCACUCUCUCUAUAAAAGCGCCUUCAACAUUUUCAACAUGGAAAGAGUUAUUUUCAUAAGCACUCGGCGGAUCAAAGUGAUGUGUUUGUCUAAACUGCUCUUAGUCUAUCUAUAUAAUACUAUUCUAGUUUCAUCGAUCUAAGACCGGUUUUAAAUAUAUAUUCAAUUGAAGCUAGAUAAUAUGCACAUGAUCGUUCUACCUUUCAACUUGUUUAAUUUUGUAAGGCAGUUGUUGACGACCCCAAGCUGUCUCAUGGUCAUGAGGUCAUGUCCCGGCUUUACGUUUGUUUCAAUUUCGGAGUGACUUAUCAACCGGUCUCAAGCGCCAGUUACACCUUACCGGAUUGCGUUAACGGACGUCCAACGGAGAGCUAAAUGUUCAAUCCGUUUUCGUCCGUUUACAUGCGUUUCCUAUACGUUUGUCGUUCGGCGAAUGAGUUCCUUGUCAGGCAGUGUUGGGCGAGGUCAGCCCCACCCGGUGGAAAGUUCACAGGACAAAACGAACGACUUCAGGAUGCGGCUUCUCGCAUGUCACAUCGUAUCUUGUCUAUUUUUGAAGUCUUUGUCUUUUGUUUUCCGAUCACAGGAGUGCUCCUCAAGCAUUCCAGAACUUGGCCAUUCUUCCUGCUCACUUCGUAGAUGUGUAGACCUCUUCGGCUGUUUCGCUGACGCUGAUUUUGAAAGAUUGGGCUGAAACUUCCAGUGACCCCUUCAGUCUCAAAGAGGGAUUGCUCAUGGCUUCCUCAGCGACUGCCUCCAGGCGGUAUCUGGUUCGGCCUCGAUAUCCGAGGGUGGAGAGGGGGACCAGGCAUAAUGCUUACUUUUUGCCUUGGCCUUGCCUUUGCCCGCGGAUUCCCCCCCCCCAUCGAUUUACCCUUGGUCAUGUUGCACAUCAGAUGUCAGACCGACUAGAGCCUGCAUGUUAAAAUAGCAGUGCGCCCACGUUCAUUUCCAAGGACUUUUCAUUGUACGUUUUGUCCGUCCCGCGCUUUUUACAAAUACGUUCGAAGAACGUUUGAUCAGCUUCUUAAGCCUUCCGCUUUCGUUUUGACCGGAUAUUAUCCGUUACUCUCAGCUUAUGUCGCUAAUUAGUGGCCACUAAUUGUUCAGUACUUGUGCGGUCAUUGUGCGUUUCGUCCGCUAAAUAUCAGUUGUUCUUCUGUUCGAUGGCCAUCGAGCGGCUACGGACACGACUGGACUUUCAACCACCGGCCCACCAUCUAAUGCCCUUCCUUCACUCCGUCGGACCUCCGUUAACGUAAUCCGCGGUAAAGUGCGAUUGGCGCUCGGAUAAACAAUAGAAUAUAAACCUGUGUGAAAUCAACUUCACGUCCUUCAAAGCCUUUACAUACAUAGACUACCAUGACACGACAAAAGUGGAAAGGCCAGUUGUAUCUAGCGAAUGUUUUGUUCCAAAAUUGAGAUCUCAAGAUCUCCACGGGAACCAAUGUCGUAUGCGAAACUGUUCUCCUGAAAAAAGUGUCCGUCCGGCCAAAUGUAUUCUGUCGUGUUAUGAUAUACAUGUAUCCAAAUGCAGUUCUACCAAGACCAUGAACGUUGAUAUCAAGAGACUGAAAGCGCAUCAUUUGUUACCAGAACCCAUGCCAACUCGGCGGUGAACACCAGUCCUAAUUUCUCCUCUCAAGGAUGGAUAUACGCACAAUGACUUUGGAUCGACAUGCCAGAACCUUCUAUCCUGGGACAUUUUAAACUGUAACACCGGUAUUAAAAGUGUUAUGAGUCAUUCUGUUGUCACCGGUGAUCUUCAAAUUGAUGACAUAGAACACUCAUAUCUCUCACAUCCUGAUCAUGAAGCAUUUUGAAAUUCGUUUAGUGUGCUUCCCACUGACGCUCUGCUGGUAGAUUUACUGUUUCACCAUGGAUGUGACUGGGCAGGAGCUUUUUUCUCCAAACCCGAGAAUAGGUAGUAGUACCCCGGUGUACUUCAUCCAGCAGCUUCUUGACUUCACCCAAGCCUACGUCAUGAUCGUCGUUCUCUUACUCGGAAUCUUUGGCAACACGUUGUCCUUUGUGAUAUUUCUCCGAGUGAGGAAGCGGGCGGACGCCUGCGUCCAGUAUCUCAGUUGUCUCGCCGUGUCCGACACUGGCGUCAUUCUUAUCAUUGGGGUUACAGAUUGGUUCGCCUUUGGACUGAAACACAUCACAAACGGAGAGUAUGGAUUCAACUUGAUAUCAUACAGCGAUGCGUCAUGUAAAUCAGUAUCUGGUGUUUGGCAUUUCUUCGAGGUGAUAUCAGCAUGGAUUAUUGUCGCCUUUUCUGCAGAAAGAGCAUACGUCGUGUGGUUUCCGUUAAAGCGCGCGAACAUCACGCCAAAGUUGAGAAAGAUCGUGUUAUUUACAAUCGUUCUUGGUGCUGUUUUGCUGUGUAUACAACGGUUUUGGCUCAUGGAAAAUACCCAAGGGACCCCGUCGCUUUGCUUUUAUAAAACAGACCCUGUGUUAUCUGCAGUCCUAUGGCAAGUCGACAUAUCCGCAUACGCGUAUGUGCCUUUCUUUCUUAUUGUGCAAGCGAAUGUUUUCAUCCUCGUAGCGGUAAAUUUUUCCAAAAACAAUAAGUUAGGAAGCAAUAAAGGUAAAACCAUCCAGGAGGGGAAAUUGUUGGUUUCAUUAAUGUCUGUUUCUACCCUUUAUAUCGCCCUUGUUUUACCCGCAGCCGCCAUUUUCACGUAUCUAUCCCAGGCAGCGGGCACCCUAGGUGAAGACCGAGCACUUUUCCUGUGGUUUAUGGUCAAGUUCCUUACGCUCAUUAGUGUGAAUAAUUACUGCUUUAAUUUUAUAAUCUACGGAUGUACGCUGCCAUUUUAUCGGGAAGAGGUAAAGAGGAUGUUUUCACGAAACAGACAGAGUUAGAAGGACGUGUAUCUUGGUAAAGUGCCAUUGGAUCAAAUUUGGCAAAGGCCACAGGCCAUUGACGAUGAGAUGUUCUUGACACGAACAUUCUCUAUACUCUCUAUACGGUUAAAUGCACCUUUGGCAAAGGUCAAAGGCUAAGGUCAUUGGGCUAAAUAGAUGUAGAUGUAGAUGUAUAGAUACAAGAUGGGUGCUCAUUUUAGAACAUUUCGAAUGGUUAGAACACCAAACGCAGGUUUUUUCCCGACAAAAGCUGUGUAUCACCACUGAAUGACCAGCGACCAGUGAACCGUUUCAACUGUAGGCCUACAUACAGUAAGAGACGUUUUGGACGAGAUUGUCCUAACGUCGGUUAUACAAUGCCGCCAAAUGUAACAUUCGGCAUGUUGACCUCCGUGAGGGGCAAUAUUCAUAUAAACUGUAGCUUUCUUGGUGGGUUUACGGUUAUAUCAAUAAU